GAGAAGGAGGGAGGGGGGCAAGUGAGGGCUGAAGAGACUGAGAAUGGAUGGGCAGCGAGAAACCUUGCGAUCGAGAGAGAAAGAGUGAGCGUGUGUAUGCUCAGCAGUGAAGACACAGAAAGUCUACAAGCUCACAUCAACAAGAGAGUGUGCGAGACAGAGCCGACCACCGGCAACUCUGAAGAGUGACACAGACGGGAAAAAGAGACACACAGAGAAGAGGAAGAAUCAGCAGAAGAAGACAAGGACUGAAGACAGACUAGCAGCCUUCCACUGGUAAAAGGAGACACCACUAAGGGACUGUAGCAUCCGUCCCCCUCAGCAGCACAGAGGAGCACUGUCUCAUCUUGUGCAUGUGUUUGUGCCUGCCAACUUCAAUUUCACACUCGCCCACUGUUUUUCGUAGGUUUUGCCCUCUCAACUCCACAGUCAUGAUCCCUUGGGUCCUUCUGCUCCUGUGGAUCUCCGGACAUGGAGCGGAGGCCAUGUUUUCCCAGCAGCCACAGGACCUGGUGGUGGUCGCAGGCCAGCCCGUGACGUUACCGUGCACCAUCCCCGGUUACCAUGGCGUCGUCCUGUGGAUCAAAGACGGCCUUGCGCUGGGAGUUGGCAGAGACCUCGCCGGCUAUCCUCGCUACACAGUGAUUGGCGACCAUGGUUCAGGAGAGCAUCAUUUGAGGAUCCAGCGUGUCGAGCUGAUGGAUGACGCUGUGUUUGAGUGCCAGGCUGUCCAGGCUGCCAUGAGGUCCCGUCCUGCUCGUCUCACUGUGCUGGUUCCCCCAGAGGACCCAGUCAUUAGCGGGGGGCCGGUGGUGAGCCUAAGGGCUGGCGACCCACUCAAUCUGACCUGCCAUGCUGACAACGCCAAGCCGGCAGCCUCCAUCAUCUGGAUCCGCAAUGGAGAGGUCCUUAAUGGGGCCAUGUACUCCAAGACCUUGCUGCGGGAUGGACGGAGGGAAAGCACCGUGAGCACGCUGUACCUAUCGUCUUCCAACAUCGAGACAGGUCAGCAGAUCGUCUGCAAAGCCUCUAACAAGGCGGUUCCCAACGGCAAGGAGACCAGUGUCACAAUUGACAUCCAGCAUCUCCCACUUGUCAAUCUCUCAGUGGAGCCUCAGCCUGUUCUUGAGGGCAACCAUGUGAAAUUCCACUGCUCUGCAAAGGCCAACCCUCCAGUCACAGUCUACAGGUGGGCCAAAGGAGGAAGCAUCAUCAAGGAGGUCUCUGGAGACACGUACGAGGUUAUCGUGGACCACUCCUUCUUCACAGAGCCCGUUUCCUGCGAGGUUACCAACCCUCUUGGCAGCACCAACAUCAGCCGCAAUGUUGACGUCUACUUUGGUCCUCGCAUGGCUGCGGAGCCUCAAUCCUUGCAGGUAGACCUCGGAUCUGACGCCGUGUUCAACUGCGCCUGGACAGGAAAUCCCUCUCUUACCAUCGUGUGGAUGAAGAGGGGAUCUGGAGUGGUUCUAAGCAAUGAGAACCUCCUGACACUGAAAUCCGUGAGACAGGAAGAUGCUGGGAAAUAUGUUUGCCGUGCUGUGGUGCCACGUGUAGGAGCGGGGGAGAAGGAGGUUUCUCUCACUGUCAAUGGCCCUCCGACGAUCUCCAGUACACAGACGCAGCAAGCUUUACAUGGAGAAAAAGGACAAAUCAAAUGUUUCAUUCGGAGCACACCUCCUCCGGACCGCAUAGCCUGGUCGUGGAAAGAAACCGUGUUGGAGUCUGGAACGUCCGGCCGCUACACCGUGGAGACCGUCACCACAGAAGAAGGAGUUAUCUCCACACUGACCAUGAGUAAUAUUGUCCCGGCUGACUUUCAGACCAUCUACAACUGCACCGCGUGGAACAGCUUUGGCUCGGACACCGAGAUCAUACGCCUUAAGGAACAAGGUGGGAGCCAAGAAUCUCUCCCAGUGGCGGUUAUCAUCGGCAUUGCUGUGGGAGCUUUUGUGGCCCUCAUUGUCCUCAUGGGCACCAUAGGAGCAUUCUGUUGCACCCGCUCCCAGAGAAAGGAAGCGCACCUGGUUAUGCCCUCACUGCCCGUCUCCAUCUGUGCUCACCAGAGAGAACUUGCAAGCAAAAUUAAGACAGAAAAUCUGAAAGGAGUCGUGUCGGCGAAAAACGACAUCCGGGUGGAGAUUGUACACAAAGAUCACAAUGCGGCACGAGAAAACGAAGAACACACCUCCAUGAAACAACUGAUGGUGAGUGUUGAACGCGGAGAGUUCCAGCAGGAGUCUGUUCUGAAGCAGCUGGAGGUAUUACAAGAGGAAGAGAAGGAGUAUCAGCACAUUAAGGAUCCUACAAAUGGCUACUACAGUGUCAAUACCUUUAAAGAGCACCACACGCCUACCAUGGCUGGGAAUCAGUCCACCGAGGUGAGGAACCCCACCAACACAGGUACCCUGGGAAAGCAGCGGGUACCAACGGGCAUGUCCUUCACCAACAUCUACUCUACUCUGGGAGCAGGUCCCAACCGCCUCUAUGACUACAGCCAGCGCUUCGUGCUGGGCAUGGGCAGCAGCUCCAUCGAGCUGUGCGAGCGGGAGUUCCAGCGCGGCUCGCUCAGCGACUCCAGCUCUUUUAUCGACACGCAGUGCGACAGCAGCGUCAGCAGCUACAGUAAGCCGGACGGCUACGUGCAGUUCGACAAAGACAGCAAGGCAUCAGCCUCCUCCUCCUCCCACUAUUCCCAGUCCUCCUCACAGAACUCAGACCUCACCCGGCCGCUCCAGAAGCGCAUGCAGACCCACGUCUGA